AAAGGGAGCCCGGGAGUGAAGUUAAAGCUAAAUUUCAUAAGCUGUAAAGAAGUUACGGGGGGGCGAUUUUGGCUUCCAAUUAGGAAUAAUACUGGCUUCGUAGCAAGUACCGAGGAGGAGGAUUUUAAAACCAGCUCGCCCGUCCCAAAGCCCGCAUCCUCCUCUUUCUGCCACGCACCCCCGCCCCCAUUCAUGAGCGAGAAAAAGGAGUCAAGGAGUGCUGGGCUCCUCUCCGAUAGUGGGAAGCGGACGGCGGAGUUGCUCAGUUGAACCACAGGCCUGAGUGCAAUUAAGAGGUGGGCACCUCCGCACCCUUUGCAGCCCGCGAGGACGGAAGUGGUCUAAAAGAAUUAUCCGGGAUUCCUGUUCCCAAACCGUCUCGGAGCCAUCUUAAGUGCCAGGAAACUGAAGAGCAUUCGUCGAGAAUUAUUAUGUCGAUUUUCCAAGGAACCGGGUUUGCAGCGGAGAAUAGAAGAAAACGCUGGCUCCUAAGAGGUUCUGCCAGCAUUUGAUACCUAGAGACCUCCAUGAUUGCCCAAAUUGCCGCGGAUGAGCGAAUUUCCUACAGUUGCAUCUUACAUCUUCAAAGAAUAUAUUUUCUGUUCACGAGCUGGCUUUUUACUAUCAUCCAUACACUGUCCCUGGUGUAAACUUCAGCGUCUUAGUUCAAAGUAUGAGUUCGUGUUUUUUGUCUAGUAUGAUAUCUAAUUGAAAGCUAAUUUUUGGUUUUGGAUGAAUCUGUGGAGUUUAUGUUGUAAGAAGAAAGGGGGAACUAGACACAAUGAAAGAAAAGUCCAAAAAUGCUGCUCGGACUAGGAGGGAGAAGGAAAACAGUGAAUUUUAUGAACUGGCUAAAUUAUUGCCUUUGCCCUCCGCUAUCACCUCGCAGCUGGACAAAGCAUCCAUCAUCAGACUCACCACCAGUUAUCUCAAAAUGAGAGUGGUGUUUCCAGAAGGGCUAGGGGAGGCGUGGGGCCACUCAAGUCGCACAAGUCCCCUGGACAACGUUGGCCGUGAACUGGGCUCCCAUCUUCUUCAGACGUUGGAUGGCUUCAUCUUUGUGGUGGCCCCAGAUGGGAAGAUCAUGUACAUCUCAGAGACAGCCUCAGUUCACCUGGGUCUUUCUCAGGUAGAGCUGACUGGAAAUAGCAUUUAUGAAUACAUUCACCCAGCAGACCACGAUGAGAUGACGGCAGUGCUCACUGCACACCAGCCCUACCACUCUCACUUCGUGCAGGAGUAUGAGAUCGAGCGCUCCUUCUUCCUGAGGAUGAAGUGCGUCUUGGCUAAGCGGAACGCUGGACUCACUUGCGGUGGCUACAAGGUCAUUCACUGCAGCGGCUACCUGAAGAUCCGCCAGUACAGCCUGGACAUGUCUCCCUUCGACGGCUGCUACCAGAACGUGGGCCUGGUGGCCGUGGGCCACUCGCUGCCUCCUAGCGCGGUCACCGAGAUCAAGCUGCACAGCAACAUGUUCAUGUUCCGCGCUAGCCUCGACAUGAAGCUCAUCUUCCUAGACUCUAGGGUGGCGGAGCUGACGGGUUACGAACCUCAGGACCUGAUCGAGAAGACCCUGUACCACCACGUGCACGGCUGCGACACCUUCCACCUGCGCUGCGCGCACCACCUGCUGCUGGUGAAGGGGCAGGUGACCACCAAGUACUACAGGUUCCUGGCGAAACAUGGCGGCUGGGUUUGGGUGCAGAGCUACGCGACCAUCGUGCACAACAGCCGCUCGUCCCGGCCGCACUGCAUCGUCAGCGUCAACUACGUCCUCACAGACACAGAGUACAAGGGGCUGCAGCUCUCCCUGGAUCAGAUCUCAGCAUCCAAACCAGCCUUCUCCUAUGCUAGCAGCUCCACCCCCACUCUAACUGAUAACAGGAAGGGGUCCAAGUCAAGGCUGUCCAGUUCAAAGUCAAAAUCCAGGACUUCCCCUUACCCUCAGUAUUCGGGAUUUCACACGGAAAGAUCGGAAUCAGAUCAUGACAGCCAGUGGGGCGGAAGUCCCCUGACCGACACGGCCUCUCCGCAGCUCCUGGACCCAGCCGAGCGCCCAGGCUUGCAGCACGAUGCGUCCUGCGCCUACAGGCAGUUCUCGGACCGCAGCUCGCUCUGUUACGGCUUCGCGCUCGACCACUCCCGGCUGGUGGAGGACCGGCACUUCCACAGCCAGGCCUGUGAGGGAGGCCGCUGCGAGGCGGGCAGGUACUUCCUGGGAGCGCCGCAGGCCGGGAGGGAGCCCUGGUGGGGCUCUCGCGCAGCCUUGCCGCUGACCAAGGCCUCCCCGGAGAGCAGGGAAGCCUACGAGAACAGCAUGCCACACAUCGCCUCGGUGCACAGGACCCACGGGAGAAGUCAUUGGGAUGAAGAUAGUGUGGUCAGCUCUCCAGACCCAGGGUCGGCCAGUGAAUCAGGUGACCGAUAUCGCACUGAACAGUAUCAGAGUAGCCCACAUGAACCUAGCAAAAUUGAAACUCUGAUAAGAGCUACCCAGCAAAUGAUUAAAGAAGAAGAAAACAGAUUGCAGUUAAGGAAAGGCCCCCCAGACCAACUGGCUUCCAUUAAUGGAGCAGGGAAAAAACACUCCCUCUGUUUUGCAAACUAUUCCCAGCCCCCACCUACAGGGGAAGUCUGCCACAGCUCUGCUCUGGCCAACACUUCACCAUGUGACCACAUCCAGCAGAGAGAGGGAAAGAUGCUGAGUCCUCAUGACAAUGACUAUGACAAUAGUCCCACUGCACUGUCUCGGAUAAGUAGUCCCAAUUCUGAUCGCAUUUCAAAAUCCAGUUUGAUUCUGGCUAAAGAUUAUCUACAUUCGGAUAUGUCUCCUCAUCAAACAGCAGGAGACCAUGCUGCUGUUUCUCCAAACUGCUUUGGCUCUCACCGGCAGUAUUUUGAUAAGCAUGCUUACACAUUAACUGGAUAUGCCCUCGAGCACUUAUAUGACAGUGAAACCAUUAGAAACUAUUCCUUGGGCUGUAAUGGCUCACACUUUGAUGUAACUUCCCAUCUGAGGAUGCAGCCAGACCCAGCACAAGGACAUAAGGGAACAUCUGUUAUAAUAACCAAUGGAAGCUGAUGUUUUUUUUAAAAAAAAUAAACUUUGUUCUUCGAGGAUCUCUGAAACAUAUUUAUAGUUUAAUGCCCCAUUACCAACAUUUAGUGUGUCACAGAUUGUUAAGAUAACAAUUACUGGGUGUUUGAAUGAGUUCCUGUGAAAUCAAAGGAAAAAUAACACUAACUUUCAGGGUUAUAUACAGGGAGCUAACACAAACACAUAAGUUGCCCCUCUAAUUAUAGGGGAACCAGAAUAGGUAUAUUUUGAAUGGAAAAAUAUGUAAAUCAAGCAAACAUACACCCCACAUGAAAGGGCUGAUGAAUGACAUUGUAUUGUUAUGAUCCAGUGAAAUCCAUACACACAGUCCACUGUUCACAAACUUUUAUGUAUACUUUACAUGCAGAAAUAGAAAACAAACCAUAAAUAUACCCGAAAUGGGUACCUUUCCUUAACUCUACCACAUUAAGAUUCUUAAAUAAAUUUCUGUUCCCAACAUAACUAAGGAAGAGAGGGAUACAUCUUGUAAACUGACUUCUUUGUGAUUUCAAAUAAGUUAGCUCAUUUGGUUCAGGUGUAAAUUAGAGAACUUGUUCUGGCUAUGAUGCAAGAAUGAGUUUUCACCUGGUAUCCAUUAUAAGCAAUCAGGAAGUGGUGAUUUUUCACCUUACUUUUGAGUUAGACAAGGACAAGUAUUGCACUGACAUAGCAGUAAGGGCUUUUCUAAGUAACAGCAUUGAGAUGUUGGGAGACACAUCAAAAACGUGAUGUGCUCAAUUGGAAGUAGUUUAGUAAAGAAGGAAAGGCCAGCGGCAGAGUGGAGUGAAAUUACAUCUUAAAACAAACAAUUUAAGGCUCAGAAUAGGUAAACAAUAUAUUUGGGGCUUGCUAAUAAAACCAAUGAAAUAAAACAUUCAAACUGAUUCCCUAAGAAAAAAGGUUGAUAAGUGCAAAAAUGACUAAGGAAAGCCAGUGAAGUGCUACAUGACAGCAGUAUAAGUAUUUGAAAAUAUUUCAAAGCACAGAUGUGCCAGUGUGUCAGCAUGUGGAAAGCCUUGGGAGAGAAUCUAAGAUGAAAGCUUAGGCAAAUAGACAAGUGUUUAAAAGGGUGAGAGGAGUAGGAGCUUCUGGCUGAAGGAACAGGCAAAUGUUUGUUUUCCGUAUUGUUUGUAAACAAUGAAACAACAAACUUGCUGUUACAGCUAUGUAACACUAAGCAGGUGUUUGGGAUUUUUAGGCAGGUGUAGUUACAUUGAACUUUCUCUUAGAUUCAGUCAAAAUGUAGGUGAUAGAAAAUGUUUAAGGGGGAAGAAAAAUAUUAGGAUUUAUUUAAUACAUGAUUCUACAGUAAUCAAAGCCAAAUGACAUGAGUGAUAAGAGAAAUUUUAUUGAUAAUAUUUCAUAAGAGUCCCAUUCCUGUAACUCUUUCCAUAUUUAAGGAAGGGAAUGUACUGAAAGAAUUUGACCUAUAAUUUUGAAAAUGGAAUGUGACAUUGGACCCUCAGGGAUUAAUACCAUAAUUUCAUCAUUUAAUACAGCUGUAUCACAGUCCAUAAGUUGGUGACAAUCUGCAUGAUAGUACUUUGAGAGGUGAACACCAGGUUGUUUGUACAUGAGAGAAGAGGCUAUGUAAUUACAUAACUUUCUUGGGUAUAAUAGAACAUUUGUCAGUGUAAAUACAAAAAGGUGCAAGUAGGUGAGAAAGGUAGUAGUUAUAUACUUUCAAAAAUGUUCAAAGUACAAUACUAAAAUUUAAACUAUAUGAGAAAAAGAUUUGUGAGAAACCCCUGGAAAAUUUAAAAUGGAUUUUGGUCAAUUUGCAGCAUGAAGUAAGGUUUUAGGAAUGCUAAAGAUACUGCAAAAUUAUAUAGAUGGAUAAACGUUUCAGACACAAAUACCUGACAAAUAUGACAAACUAGGAAAGGAAAUCUAUACAGAUGGGUUGUAUUGAUGGAUAUAUUCAACCAAAUGUCUGCUACAGAUAUGAUAAAAGAAAUGGAAACAUGAAAACCAACGAAAAUAAACAUAAUAAAUAGAGCCACUAAAGGAAUUUCAGUGACAUUUUUUAUAUGGCAAAUAGUUAAUUAGUGGAAGGAAUGAAUUAUGAACUCCCAAAGAUAGGUGUUAAUCAGGAGGAAGAAUGUUUCAGUGUUUUAAAUGGAAGAGAGAAUUAACUAAAUUACUAAAUUACUUUUUUUUGGUUCUGGGGAUUGAACCCAAGGUCUUCACUCUGAGCUACACCCCAGCCCUUUUUAUUUUUUGAAACAAGUUCUUACUUUCUUCUGGAGGCAGGGCUUGAAUUUCUCACCCUUCUGUCUCGGCCUCCCAAGGAGCCGGGAUUAUAGGCAUGUGCCACUGUACCUGGCUUAAAUUACAUCUUGCUUAAAAAUUUUGAUAGAUUGACCCAGUUUAAAAUACAUAACCAUUUAUUUAAUAUACUGAAUGUCAAUAAUUUUAUUAGAUUACAUACAAUCCAUUAUGGACUCACAGUGUUAGAUAGCUUACAUUUUUUGUAGUAUGCUGUAAUUAUUACAAAAUGUUCCAAAAUAAAUCAACAUUUUAUGACAAGGCAACUUCCUACUAUUCAUGUAGAUGUAAAAAAUUUACUUAUAAUUUAUUUUUUCUGUACAGGAGCAUAUUUCCUCAAGAGGAUGAUGUCAUCUGUGUCUUAAAAACAUAAGAUGUAAAAUAAAUAUGUUCUCAGUAACUUAAUCAGUUAAAAAUUAAACUUAAAUUGGCUUUUUGGGGGGGAGGGUUGAGACAGGUCUCACUUUGUAGC